UGAGAAUCCGCGCGCAUAAUUAUGUGCAUCUUAGAGUACUAAACAUGUCACUACCUAUUAAUAAGGAUGUCACAUGAUCCGCGCUCCUUCCUGGUCUCUAUUCUCUCUCUCCUCUUCUGUAUACUACAUCGACUUUCUCUUCACUUGUUCUGUGUUCACCAGCACUUCUGCUCGCUGCCACCAUCAAUUGAUAUUACAGACACAUCCACCCACGCACAAGCGAAACAUGAUCAUCCAACGCCAUCGCGGCACCUGCCCGGUCGUCGCCUACAUCUAUAGCAUCAACGUGGGUGAUGUACUCGUCAAAGAAAAGGUCCCUUUGAUCAGAUGCCUCCUCCUCCUCCCCCUCCCCCUGCAGCGUCAUCCAAGUAGCCACCCUUCUCAUACCACCAAGCAGGAUUCACAGCAUGCGCUUGUGAUGAUGGGUGGCCGAGAGUUGAGGUAUGUUGCGCGUCCUAGUUCCCACAGUCGACGCCGCGUUUGGGAUCUAUACGAUUUUGGACAAUCCGAAUUCCGACUUCCUGACUUUCAUAACUACCUUGAUACGCUAUGGCAUCAGCUGCUGGUAAUAUUGCCAAGCUCGGAAAGUUGUUCAAGGCGCAUGACACGUUGCAGACGAUCAUUAGUAUUUGCAACAAGCGGGUAGAUUCUGUUUGCACGUUCACAAUUGUUAGCAUAUCAUAAAUAGGUUGUAUACGAAAUCCACCACCGUACGCAUCAUUGAUUUAAUGAGACAGGGUUUUCCACGAGCCAUGUACUAAUUACAUGCCAUUCUCAUGGCAUCAUUGGAACAUAUGAUUUAUAUAGAGAAUUGCUAAACAAUAACAUCAGCGAUAUUGUUAUUAUUUCGAACAUACUGAUA